AUGGACAUUUCUGCAGUAGUUGAUGAGAAGCUGAACAUCCAAGAUGCCUUCCGGAUCUUCAAGCACGGAACCAGCUGGGCCAUUAUAGCCAUUCAGAUCUGCCUUGGCGUACCUCUUCAAGGUGUCCAGCUUUUCUUGCCUGUCAUUAUCCAGCGUCUUGGAUACAGCACUGUCAAGACAAAUUUGUACACCGUGGCGCCUAAUGUCUCCGUGACUGGACAAGAUGGCGCUUCCCGUUUCAUUGCCCUCGGAUUCCUGUUCACAUUCAUCGGCAUGGUUAUUUACGCCGCCAUUGAUGUCGAGAGAGACCUGAGCGUUGCGUAUUUCGCCUGUUUCAUGAUGACCUGGGGUACAUCAGCACCGUCCGUCCUUCUUGACGUCUGGUAUAACAACAACAUCGCCAGCGAAAGUCGACGUGUCGUUUUGACCAGUAUCGCCGUCCCAAUGGCUAACCUGAUGGGUGUUGUGGCCUCCAAUAUUUUCCGUAAGCAAGAUGCACCAAAGUACAUCCCGGCCUUGGUCACUACUGCUGCCUUUGGAGGCACUGGAAUCAACUUGACCCUGCUUCUUGGUCUUUGGAUGAUGAUGGAUAAUAAGAAGCGAGACCGAGCACAAGGUGUUCAUUUGAAAGCGAAGGAUAUUCCUACGGAGAAUAUCCAGUAUGAACCCGCUAGUGCGGAUUUCCGAUGGUUCUACUAG